AUGCCCAUUCUUCGCGGUGUCGAUGGCAGAGCAUCGCCUGGCCAGUUCAUCAUCAUCAUGGGUCCGUCCGGAGCUGGCAUGACGGUCGGUCACAAUCAACGGCCACGACUGGAGCGACGAGUCCAAUCGAUUGCCUCUUAUGUCAUGCAAGACGACGUGUUCUACGCGACACUCACUGUGAAGGAGCACUUGAUGUUCCAAGCUGAGCUGCGCAUGGGCAAAGCGUUCAACCCCGAGGAGCGGGAGGCCCGCGUCGACUAUGUCAUCGAUGAGUUGGGGCUGACCAAAUGUCGCGACUCGCAGAUCGGCGGUGUCACAGACGUCCGGGGGCUGUCCGGCGGCGAGCGCAAGCGGCUCAGCUUCGCCACGGAGAUUUUGACCAACCCAUCGCUUUUGUUUGUGGACGAACCGACUAGCGGUCUCGACAGCUUCAUGGCCGAGAGUGUGGUGCUGCAGCUGCAAAAGCUGGCGCGCGAGGGUCGCACAGUUGUAGCCACGAUCCACCAGCCGUCGUCCGAGCUGUUUACGCUGUUUGACCAGUUGUAUCUGCUCAGCGGCGGCCAUACCAUCUACAACGGCAAGGCGUGUGACGCUGUCGCAUAUUUCGCCUCCCAGGGACUACAAUACCCGACGUACAUGAACCCGACCAACUACUUUUUGCGCCAGAUCAUCGUGUUGGAUCCGUAUUCCGACGCUGCGACACGGAUGGACGUGCUAGUGCAAGCUUGGCAGCGUCAUUGGAAUGCAAUGAACCCAACGAUCGAACAUCACAACAUGGACACUGACGUGGCAGUGUUUGAAAGCGGUAGAUUGGGGACUCGCGGGCAACUUCUUUUGUUGUGCAAACGCAACGUCAUCCGUCUUGUGCACAACAAACUCAGUUUCAAAGCCCGGGUUGCCCAAAACUUGUUUAUUUCCACCGUUGUGGGGCUCAUUUACCUCCAACUAAAGAAAUACCAAGAUGGCAUCCAGAGCUUCACUAGGGCGCUCUUCUUUAUGACUGUGAACCAGUUCAUCGCAAACGGCAUGCCAGAAUUCACCAACGUGCCGAUGGAGCUCCCUAUUAUGAUCCGCGAAUACCAAGGCGGGCUGUACCAGGCGUGGGUAUAUGUGUACUUUAUGAUCGGGUUUGGCGGAGACGCCGGUGUUUUCUUUAUAUUUUACGUGAACUUGUCGCUCCUGUGCAGCGCGGCGGUGGACAUGGGGUACAUGGUCGGGUGCAUCACCCGAUGUCCGGACGUGGGCCAAAUCCUCGGGGUGCUCGUAGCCCUCCCCCUUGUGAUCUUUGGCGGAUUGUUCAUCAACUCCAACACCACUCCCGUGUGCUUUGUCUGGCUCGAAUACCUGUCGCCGUUAAAGUACGGCUUUCGAGGGCUUAGCCGCGCGUUUUGGAACUCGGUCGAGGUCAUUCCAUGCAGCUUGGGCCAGCACUGCCAAGCACUAAAUGGACCCCAAGUGCUAGCCAACCUGGGCUUGAACAAGAACUUGAUGGUCGUGAAUGUGGUGGCCUUGUUGUGUGUGGACGUCCUCUUCCGACUCAUUGGCAUCACGUGGCUGUGGGCUAGCAUUCGUCGAAAGCAUUUCUAA